AUGCGCCAGAAGGCUGAUGGCCUUGCCCAAACUCUUUCUCGGUAUCGCAAGACAACCCCUCGGCGUCCGAUUAUCUUUAUUGCCCACGAUCUGGGAGGUAUUAUCCUCAAAUGGGCCCUCGUUCUUUGUCAUAAUCAGAGCCUUCAAUCAAAAUGCAAUCUCCGCGAUAUUCUGUGUUCAACUCAUGCAAUUCUCUUCUUUGGAACCCCACAUUCUGGCGUCGAAGACGUCACCCUCCUCGAGGAAAUCAACCGGUUGGCUUCCCUGAACAUGCAAACAACGAACAUUAUCCUCAAAGAUCUUCGAUCCCACUCAUCAGAGCUCGAAAACCUGCAGAAGCUUUACCUCGCCGCAAGCGAGAAGAUCACCAGCAUAUUCUUCUGCGCAGAAUAUCAGACAUCACCCAGCGUUAAGCGACAGAGACUGCUUGUGCCUCAGCAUUCUGCGACCAUCGAUGGCGACCGUAAUGGAAUGCCGAUUCACCUCCAUGCUGACCAUCAGAACAUGAUUCGAUUUCCCUCCGCCGAAAAUGAGAACUACAAGGCAGUUCUUUACUACCUCGAAGCUUUUAUGAAAGAGGCGUGUUCUACUGUGCAGGAAAAGUGGGUAAUAGAAGACCGGCACCGUGAUGCCCCCAAAGGAGACUCUUCCUCAUCCGAGGUCAUCUUACCAAAGCGUCGUCCACCAGUGUCCAGGAACUACAUCAAGCGGGCAGAAAUCCAAGAUCUGAUUACGCAGAAGCUUUUACCAGGGCCUUCUUUUCGACUUCAGCCGCGUUGUAUUCUUCAUGGAAUGGGAGGCGCGGGUAAGACCCAGCUGGCGACAAAGUGGAUCGAGGAGCACAAGAAAAGUUUUACGCGGAUUAUAGUUGUCGAUGCUUCCAGUCAAGCAGAGCUAGAAGCAGAUCUCCAACGAUCGAUUCGCUCUGUCGGUCCUGAAUACGCCAAAAUGACGUGGGAAGACUCAGUCGCCUACCUUGACCGUAAAGAGAAAGGCUGGCUACUCUUCUUUGACAACGCCGACUUGCUCGACCUCAAUCUUUACCCUUACCUCCCUAACUCAUCUCAUGGUACCAUUUUGAUCACGACUAGAAAUCGUGAAUGCACCGUGCAUGCCCCAGACGGAGCGAUCCUCGUGAGCAGCCUCAAGGAGCACGAGGCAGUGGAACUCCUUCAUCAAGUCGCCGGAAUGUCUCCAGUAUCCAAUAAGCAAUCUAUCGACAUCGUCACCGAGCUAGGCAUGCUCGCGUUGGCAGUCGCACAGGCAGGAGCAUAUAUUCGCAAGACUCGGCGUUUAGAUACAUAUCUCGGUACAUUUAGAGAGCACCGAGAUAGUUUGAUGCGUGAUCAGCCGGUUCAAACGGCCGAUUAUGAGUCCUCCAUAUAUGCUGCCUUCGACCUAUCAUUCCAUCAGCUAUCAUCAAAGGCGCAAGAUUUCAUCAAACUAUGUUCCUUUCUUCAUCAUUCUCUCAUCCCUGCUGCCCUGUUUGAGUACUCGAGCAGGUCAAAAUUCACUGCGGCUAUUGUUCUGGAUUGUUUCCCCCCGCCAGAGAGCGACAGCGUUCUAAUAUCUGGCCUUGAGAAGAUCCUAGGAGAAAUAUGGGACGGAUUCGCGUUCCAAAAGUCGAUUGAUUCCGCCUCUCAGGCGUCGUUCAUUCAAGUUUCUAGUGACGGUAUUUGCUACACAUUGCACCCACUUCUUCAGACAUAUAUCAAGGAUUCCCUCGACGAGAAAGAGCACGAUCACUAUGCUCGCAUGACGGCACAACUCCUACUUGGCGCGAUUCAGUCCACAGAGGGUGAUACUGAGUUGCUUUGGCAACUGUAUCCUCAUAUCAGAGGUAUUCCUACGCAUAUUCAAUCCGAAAACAUCGCCCACGCGCUAGCAUUUCAUGCCUUCUAUAAUUUCAUGAAUGAUUGGGAGCCAUGCCGAGAACUUUUAGAAUCUGCGCUCUCCCAAGUUCAAAGCUCUCAAAAUCAAAUAGAAAGGAUACAACUUAUUGACCGACUGGCAAAUAUAGAAUUCAAGUGCGGUCAGCUGGCUGAUGCAGAAAAGAGGCAGAGGGAAGUCUUAAGCUUCUACUGUAAGGUUCAUGGACCAUGCCAUGUGGACACCAUUUCUGCAUUAUCCAGCCUCGCCACUACUCUGCAUCAGCAAAAUCGUUUGGACGAGGCAGAGCAAAUGGACCGGCAAGUACUGGAUCUGCGUCCUAAGAUCCUCGGACAAUGCCAUCCGGAGACUAUGUCAGCAAUGUCAAACCUCGCCAUAAUUCUGUGCGAGCGUGGCAAUUUAGAGGAGGCGGAAAAGAUGCAUCGGCAAGUCCUGAACCUGCGUCUUGAGACCCUCGAACAAUGCGAUCUGUGCACCGUCGCAGCAAUGUCAAACCUCGCCACUACUCUGCGCGAGCGUGGCAAUUUGGAGGAGGCAGAAAAGAUGCAUCGGAAAGUCCUGGAGCUGCGCCUUGAGAUCCUCGGACAACGCCAUCCGGGGACCAUCUCAGCAAUGUCAGACCUCGCCACUACUCUGUUUAAACGCGGUCAUUUGGAGGAGGCGGAAAAGAUGGAUCGGCAAGUACUAGGCCUGCGUCUUGAGAUCCUCGGACAACGCAAUAUGAGCACCGUCUCAGCAAUGUCUGUUGAUACUAGGACGCGUGAGGUGAGAGGCAAGACCAGUUUAUAG